CUUGGGACGGAAUUUAGCGAACCAUCAUCGCGUCAGUUUUGAAAAUCAAAACUUCCGCCAAAAUCAAAACAAAGAAUUCACCAAAUUCUGGCAAAAUGUACAACAAAACGAUACUUGAUCGGGUCCUUGAGACAAAAGAUGAUCUUUUGAACCUGCCAAGAAACAGAAUGUUGGAAAUCGGAGCAAGCGUUCUGUUUCUUUUUAUGAUAACUCAAGGACGAAGAACUUGGCUCAACAUUUUAAAUUUUUCUUUAUUUUUAGAAGCCAUCAACUACACACUAUUCCCUCAAAACUUGGGAUUUUGGGUACAUGGUGAGCUAGAUGAAACCCACUUGUUGCUGACUAGGUUUCUCGGUUUGCUGUGCAUUACUUGGACAUUUGGUUACUUUGUCUUAAGCAAGUCAACAGAUUCCACGACGGAGACCAGUUAUUUACUAGGAUACACUGUGAUGUUGGUGAGCAGUUUAAUGGCGAAAGGUUACUUGAUGACGCAUCCAUCAAAAAAGUCGGCUGUUAAGAUAGAGUCUGAUGAUAUGAACAGCAUUUUCUUCAUUACGCUGCUGUUUGCUGUUGGCUCGCUGUUUUUCACUGUCAAGUCAAAUGAUUGGGGAGGAUUUGGGGAACAGCAAUCCCAUGCCAACUUCCAUCUACGGCUACAGUUUGUUUUGUUGCUUGUGAUGGGCAUUCUCUUCUACACGAUGCCAUCUUGGACUGUGAAAAUGAUGAGCAUGAAUGUGGAGAAAGUUGAUACUGUUCACGCCUUUCUGGCUCGAGCCAAUGGCACGAUGCUGCUGGGUAUGGCCAUUGUUGCCAAUCGUGCCGCAAACUUCCUUCGUCCUGCAGAGAAGGAUAUACUGGUCUUUAGUCAGUGGCUGUUCUUUGUGUUAUUCUCACUACUGGGUUGGAUAGAUACAGCUGGUAGAUGGGCCACGUUGCCAUGGAGCCGUGUUGCUAUACAGGCGACCCAUGAUGCCGUCAUUAUCCUUAAUGCUACAGGUGCACUCAACCGAGACUUUUCAGUAGUAAAGAGGUCAGUUAUACCACGAUUCAAGGCUGUGCCACAAGAUGUUCGCAACCUCUUUAAGUUUAAGAAGAUGUGAACCAGUAGUUAGGGGACUUAAACCCAAAUCUUCUGAAAAAAUGGAGAACAUUCGAACAUUUAAUGAGUAAAAAUUGUGCAACAACAUUGUUACCUUGGUAAAAAAUACAAUCUUGUCAUUAAAAAGAAAGAAACCUUGGUGUGAUUAUACCUGUUAGAAAGAAAAUUAUGUUAAAAUUUGACAAAAAUGGCAAAUAGCUGUGGUUAGACCUAAUUAUAAUUUUAUAAUUAUGUCGCAAGAACAAUAAGUAACUAAAUUAGCGUAAAGAAAUUUCUGUAAAUAUCCAUCAAAACGUUCAAUUAAUAAAAAGAGUGGAGCAAAUUCUUUUUUUUUAUAAUUUAGACAGAGUUAUGUUUUAUCCUAAACAUUUUCCAUUCUGUUGGUCAGUCACCAUUUAAACAAACAAUAUUUUGAAAUAUUUAGUGAACUGAGAUCAACUUGUCAAUUGGAAAAAAAUGAGCAUAAUGUCACUUAAAGAUAAUUUAUUUUCUAAUUUCUCUUUUUAUGAUAAUAAUUGUAAUAGUAAUUUCUGUGCAGAUAUUUGUUUAAGUUUCUAUUAUGUAGUAAUUGGGUCACAGGUAGUAGUAAUGUAGACUUAUUUACUUGAAUAUUUUUUUUUCUGUGAACUUUUUUUCUGGGAAUACACUACCACUUCGUUAUAAAGCUUACCACAGUAUAAUGCUCAUAAGACAUGCCUCUAGGUUUUCUGUUGAACGGCAAAAAAAAGAUAAUAUUGAGACCGCAGAUAAAUGGUGUUUAUCUAAGUAACUAAGGAACAUAACUGAAGUUGGAAACUUUUACUACAACUAUAAGGGUUUUGUUAACAUUUGUGAUUUAUAUUUUUCUUUGGAAAGUUUUCUGUUUCUUUUAGACAUAAUUAGUAACAUUUUACAAAAUAAUAUACAUGUAUGCCCUACUAAAUCGUUUUAGAAAACAAAUAUAUAUAUUUUAUUAAUUUGAAAGUAAAAAAUUCAUGACCGUUAUAUGAAUAGGUGGUAGGUGGAGUAAUGCUGUAAUUUGGCUAUGAGCUUUAUAAAUCAGAACCAUAUUUUAACUCCAGGUUUUGGGACCUUGAAGCCCGACAUGGUGUUAUCAAAGGGUUGCAGUGUGUUUUUCUUAUAAUCCACAUCAUCACAGGAUUCAUCAUAAUAAAUCAUGUCAUUGGCAUUCAUCAUCAUGUCAUUUGAAACCAUAAUCAUGUCAUUUGAAUGCAUCAUCAUGUCAUUUGAAUGCAUCAUCAGGUCAUUUUAAUGCAUCAUCAGGUCAUUUUAAUGCAUCAUCAUGUCAUUUUAAUGCAUCAUCAGGUCAUUUUAAUGCAUCAUCAUGUCAUUUUAAUGCAUCAUCGGGUCAUUUUAAUGCAUCAUCGGGUCAUUUAAAUGCAUCAUCAGGUCAAUUUAUUGUAUCAUCGGGUCAUUUUAAUGCAUCAUUGGGUCAUUUUAAUUUAUCAUCAGGUCAUUUUAAUGCAUCAUCAGGUCAAUUUAAUGUAUCAUCGGGUCAUUUUAAUGCAUCAUCGGGUCAUUUUAAUGUAUCAUCAGGUCAAUUUAAUGCAUCAUCAAGUCAUUUUAAUUCAUCAUCAGGUCAUUUUAAUGCAUCAUCAGGUCAUUUUAAUACAUCAUCAUGUUACUUUAAUGCAUCAUGUCAUUUUGAUGUUUCAUCGUGUCAUUUUAAUUCAUCAUCAUGUCAUUUUAAUGCAUCAUCAUGUCAUUUUAUUUCAUCAUCAGGUCAUUUUAAUGUAUCAUCAGGUCAUUUUAAUGCAUCAUCAUGUCAUUUUAAUGCAUCAUCAUGUCAUUUUAAUGCAUCAUCGGGUCAUUUUAAUGUAUCAUCGGGUCAUUUUAAUGCAUCAUCGGGUCAUUUUAAUGUAUCAUCAGGUCAUUUUAAUGCAUCAUCAAGUCAUUUUAAUUCAUCAUCAGGUCAUUUUAAUGCAUCAUCAGGUCAUUUUAAUACAUCAUCAUGUUACUUUAAUGCAUCAUGUCAUUUUGAUGUUUCAUCAUGUCAUUUUAAUUCAUCAUCAGGUCAUUUUAAUGCAUCAUCAUGUCUUUUGAAACCAUAAUCAUGUCAUUUUAAAUAUAGACAUGUCAUUUUAAAUAUUAUCAUGUCAUUUUAAUUCAUCAUCAUGUCAUUUUAAUUCAUCAUCAUGUCAUUUUAAUGCAUCAUCAUGUCAUUUUAAUGCAUCAUCAUGUCAUUUUAAUCUAUCAUCAGGUCAUUUUAAUGCAUCAUCAUGUCAUUUUAAUGCAUCAUGUUAUUUUAAUUCAUCAUGUUAUUUUUAUGCAUCAUGUCAUUUUAAUGCAUCAUGUCAUUUAAAUUCAUCAACAUGUCAUUUUCAUUCAUCAUCAGGUCAUUUUAAUGCAUCAUCAGGUCAUUUUAAUACAUCAUCAUGUUACUUUAAUGCAUCAUCAUGUCAUUUUAAUGUAUCAUCAGGUCAUGUUAAUGCAUCAUCAUGUCAUUUGAAUUCAUCAUCAUGUCAUUUUAAUGUAUCAUCAGGUCAUUUUAAUGCAUCAUCAUGUCAUUUUGAUAUUUCAUCAGGUCAUUUUAAUGCAUCGUUAUGUAAUUUUAAUGCAUCAUCAUGUCAUUUUAAUUCAUCAUCAUGUCAUUUUGAUGUUUCAUCAUGUCAUUUUAAUGCAUCAUCAGGUCAUUUUAAUUCAUCAUGUUAUUUAAAUGCAUCUUGUCAUUUUAAUGCAUCAUCAGGUCAUUUUCAUUCAUCAUCAAGGCAUCAUGUCAAACAUUACAACACCAUCAAGGUUUUCCUCAUUUGCAUCAGGUUAUGUGACAGUCAUUGUGAAUUCAAAAACCUAAGUUGUUAAUUAAUUCAGUUAUGCCUCAGUUAUGUAAAUUGAAAUAAUUACCAUGACAAUGAAUACAAUAAUUUGUGUAAUUUGUUUUCAUAUUUUCUUCUUUUUUUCAUCAUUAUCAUUGUAGAUCAUGCAAACAUUGUAAUCCUAGUGGAAAUCUUUUUGAUGUAAUUAUUGUUUUUUAUUUUAUGGAUUAUCAUGUCAUAAAUAGUUAUGAGGUUUUUGUAAGCAUAAAAAUUAGAUGGAGAAUCAUAUAUUAUGUCAUCAUUUUAUCAUCAUGUCACAAUUUUAUCAUCAUGUCACCAUUUUAUCAUCUUGCCACGAUUACAUCAUCAUGCUCUCAUUUAAUAAUCAUGUCACCAUUUUAUCAUCAUGUCACCAUUCUAUCAUCAUGCCACCAUUUUAUCAUCAUGUCAACAAUUUAUCAUCAUGUCACCAUUUUAUCAUCAUGCCAUUAUUUUUCAUCAUGGUCUUAUUUUAUCAUCAUGUCACCAUUUAAACAUCAUGUCACUAUUCUAUCAUCAUGAAACCAUUCUAUCAUAAUGUCACCAUUCUAUCAUCAUGUCACAGUUUUAUCAUCAUGUCAUCAUUUUUAGCUCGACUAUUCGAUAAGAAUAAGUAGAAGUAUUGCAGUCACCCGAGCGUCGGCGUAACCACUUAUGUUAAAGUUUUUGUAAUAGUUCAAAUAUUUUCAAAGUCCAUUGACAUAUGGCUUUGAAACUUUGCACACUUGUUCACCAUCAUGACCCCAACCCGUAGACAGGAGGAGGUAACUCUAUCAAGCAUUUUGACAGAAUUAUGCCCCUUUUUCGACUUAGAAUUUACAUUAAAGUUUUUGUAAUAGUUCAAAUAUUUUCAAAGUCCAUAGACAUAUGGCUUUGAAACUUUGCACACUUGUUCAACAUCAUGACCCCAACCUGUAGACAGCAGGAGGUAACUCUAUUAAGCAUUUUGACAGAAUUAUGCCCCUUUUUCGACUUAGAAUUUACGUUAAAGUUUUUGUAAUAGUUCAAAUAUUUUCAAAGUCCAUUGACAUAUGGCUUUGAAACUUUGCACACUUGUUCAACAUCAUGACCCCAACCUGUAAACAGGAGGAGGUAACUCUAUCAAGCAUUUUGACAGAAUUAUGCCCCUUUUUCGACUUAGAAUUUACGUUAAAGUUUUUGUAAUAGUUCAAAUAUUUUCAAAGUCCAUUGACAUAUGGCUUUGAAACUUUGCACACUUGUUCACCAUCAUGACCCCAACCUGUAAACAGGAGGAGGUAACUGUAUCAGGCAUUUUUUUACUAUCAAGCACUAAGAAUAGUCGAGCAUGCUGUCCUACCGACAGCUCUUGUUCAUAAUGUCAUCAUUUUAUCAUAAUGUCACCAUUUUAUCAUUAUUACAUUAUUUUAUCACCAUGUCACCAUUUUAUAAUCAUGUAACCAUUCUAUCAUCAUGUCACCCUUUUAUCAUCAUGUCACAGUUUUAUCAUCAUGUCAUCAUUUUAUCAUAAUGUCACCAUUUUAUCAUAAUGUCACCAUUUUAUCAUUAUGACAUAAUUUUAUCACCAUGUCACCGUUUUAUAAUCAUGUAACCAUUUUAUCAUCAUGCUACGAUUUUAUCAUCAUGCCAUCAUGUCAUUAUCAUAGAAUCAUCAUUGAUGGUCAUUGUCAUCAUAUAAUCAUCAUCAUAUUAUCAUCAUUUUAUCAUCAACCAUUUUUAUCCUGACACAUAUUUCCCUAGAAAUUUAAGACAUGGGGUCUAUUGACCCUAAUGUGAAAUUUUUUGGAGUGUAUUCUAGUUAUUCAUGGGGCAUGAUUAUCAAAACUUAAUAACAGCAAUCUAUAAAUUGUUCAUACAUGUACUUUUAAGUAUUGGAUUUCUGUUUCAUGAAUAGCCAUCAUAGAGCUUGGUAUCUUGAAUAGGAAAAAAAGUGUCAAAAUAAAACGGGAGAUCAAGUUUUAUUUUAACAAAAGUCAUCACCAUUUUAUCAAUGCUAUGUGAUCAUCAUCAUGUCAUCAUAUUGUCAUCAUCAUCAAUUUGUCAUUCUGUCAUCAUUUUUAAAGUCCUCAUCAUUUCAUUAUCAUCAUUUGACCAUCAUGUCAAUCAUGUAAUCAUCAUUUUAUCAUCAUAAUCAUCAUUUACCAUCAUCAUUAUCUUGUCAUCAAUAUUUUAUCAUCAUCAUCAUGUAAUCAUCAUCAGGGAGGAAAAAAUUUCAUCCCCUUUUGCAUACUAAUACGAAAUACCUGUAUUUACUAUAGAUACAACAACUAACAUCUGAUUCUGUCAUCUUUAUCAUUAUCAUUAUCUUUUGAUAGUGAAGUCAUUCACUUGAUAAUCUGUUAAUAAUUACUUGUUAGUUAUCCAGGAAAGCUGGUAAGGUUAGCUAGACACACAAGAAAUGGCUAAAAAAGUGUUAUUAACAUUAAAAUCAAAAUAAGUAUCAAAAUUAUCAUGUUAAUUAUCUUUGAUUAUCAUCAUUAUUGUAAUAAUCUAUGCUUAUCAUAUCAUUUAGAUUACCAUUUUGGAUAAUUAUUGUCAUAAUUAUCAUUUUUAUGCCCCCCGAAGGGAGGCAUAUUAAAAUCGCACUGUCUGUCCUUCCAUCUGUUUGUCUUUCUGUGUGUCCCCACUUCAUUCAUGUGCAGACUGUAACUUUGUCAUGCAUUAAGGGAUUUUGAAAUAGCUUGGCACAAAUGUCAUAACAGCAUUCUGUCAUGUCCAGGAUUCAAAGGCUCAAGGUCACACUUACAUUUUGAAGGUUCACGCUAUCACAAUUAGAGAAUACAGGUACAAUAAUACAAAGAUCAAUAUUAAGCAAUUUGUUACUUUCAUUCUCUUUUCCUUUUCAUAAUAGUGACAAUACCUGUAUGCUUAAGAAACCUUUUACGGGGGCAUUUGUUACUUGGGUGACAGCUCUUGUUGAUAAUUAUUACUAUAAUUACCAUUUUGAAUAAUUAUAAUUGUCAUAAUAAUCUUAUUUUGGAAAAUCAUCACCAUAAUAACCAUUUUGGAUAAAUAUCGUUAUUUUGAUAAAUAUCAUAUUUAUUAUUUCUUAUAAUUAUUGUCCUAAUAACCAUUUUGGAUAAUUAAUGUCAUAAUUGCCAUUUUGGAUAAAUACUCUCAUAAUUAUCAUUUUUGAUAAUCAUCACCAUAAUUGUCAUUUUGGAUAAUCAUCAUUAUAAUUAUCAUCUUUAUCAUAAUAAUCAUCUUGCCAAUUAUCAUCAUGAUUUUCAUCAUCUCUGUAAUUCAUUAUCAUCUUCAUCUGUGUUUAUAACCAUUGUGAUCUUUGUUUACCAUCAUCAAUUUCAGACAAACUAUUCAUUUUACACAUUUUAAAAUUUUCCCAUUAUGUUGGUUUUGUCAUGACACGGCUCACAUCAUGUUCAUCAACAUUUGAAAAUCAUGUUAACUGUGUCACAUUGCACUGAAGGGCACCUGAGGUCUUCCUCCACCAGUAAAGCUGGAACGUUGCAAUAUGACAGACUAUGUUGGUGUGACAUAAAACCCAAUUUAACAAACAAACAAAUUGUGUCAAAUAUCAUUUUCAUUAUCGUGUCACAAAUCAUGUUCAUCAUAAUCAUCUCUCAACUCAUGUACAUCAUAAUCAUGUUUAUCAUAAUCAUGUCACAAUUAUGUUCAUUUUUGCAUCACAAAUCAUGUUCAUCAUAAUCAUGUUCAUCAUAAUCAUGUUCAUCAUAAUCAUGUUCAUCAUAAUCAUGUCUCCAAUCAUGUUCAUCAUAAUCAUGUCUCAACUCGUGUUAAGCAUCAUCAUGUCACAAAUCAUGUACAUCAAUGUGUCAAAAAUCAUGUUCAUGAUGUCACAAAUAAGAAAAUUAUUGUGUCACCCAUUUUUAGCUCAACUAUUCGAUAAGAAUGAGUUAUUGCAGUCACCAGGGCGUCGGUCACAAAUCAUGUUCAUUAUUGUGUCACAGAUCAUUUUCAUAAUCAUGUCACAAAUCUUGUUAAUUAUUGUGUCACAGAUCAUUUUCGUCACUGUGUCACAGAUCAUUUUCAUAAUCAUGUUUCAAAUCAUGUUCAUCAUUGUGUCACAGAUCAUUGUGUCACAGAUCAUUUUCAUCAUCAUGUCACAAAUCAUGUUAAUCAUUGUCAUCACAAAUCAUGUUCAUCGUUGUGUCCCAAAUCAUUUUCAGCCUUCAGAUCUUGUUUCACAGAUCAUGUUCAUAUUCAUGUCACAAAUCGUUUAAUCAUAAUCAUGUCUUCCUUACAUUCAUCAUCUCAAAUGUUGUCAUCUGAACAGAUAAUCUUCUGGUUCUCAUCCUGAUUUCUUUUAUCAUGUCAUUGUCAUCAUAUUGUGUAUCAUAUUUUUCAUCAUUAUCAUCAUUUAUAUCAUCAUGCUAACCAUAUCAUUCAUCAUAACUAUAAUUAUCAUCACUAUUAUGUCAUCAUAAAUGGUGUGAAAAAAACAUCUGUUUUUUUUUUGUUCUCAUCAUGAAGUAACAAUUUGAAUAUAUAGACCAUUAUUAUGAAGUCUUCCAAAAUUUUAUAUUAUUUCAUGGUCACAUCACCAUUUUUGAACAUCAUGGUUACCGUUUAUUCUUUAAAAAAUGCCCCUUAUCCUUAUAAAUGCACCCUAGAAAACUGAGUUACUGCCAAAAUGAUAGCAGUAAUUUUUUUUAUAAAUCCAAGGAAUAAAGCACAAACUUUUAACAUAGGUGGUGCAUCCACUAUUAGCAGUCCACAUUUAUUUUAAAUUAAUGAUAUUUAUCUUUUUUACCAUUAUAAAUGCGUCCCCCUUUUGGAAAAUGUAACUCCCCUGGGAGUGUUUAUUAUAGAAUAUAUGGUAAUAUAAGUAUUGGUAACCUUUCAUCAUUUCAUAUAACUAUUGUAAACACACAAGAUACUGCAACAAUGGCAGCUCCUUUAUAACUAUAGCAACAAUGCAUUUUUAAAAAAGGCAGCAAAUUUAGUUCCCAUGGCAACUGUAUGCAAUGUCAUGUUUACAUCAUUAUAUAAUUAUUUAGUUAGAGUUAGAAAAACUUUUUUCAACCAAAUCAAUUCAUUUUAAAUUAUUUUCAUUUUGAUAGAUUAUUGUCCUAUUUUUCUGAAUUAAGUGGUCAUUUCGACUGUAAAAAGUAAGACUUUUCCUAGCUCCAAUGUUGAAAAUAAUGUACAUAUUUUUAUAUAAUAUGCAAUACUCUUCUUACUUUUAUGUAAAUAUGUUUCUUUUUUAAUAAAUAGUGCUUUUAUAUGUUUGUCUUAGAAUCCCUAGAAAAAAAAACCAAUAAUAAUAUAUAUAUUGUUCUUAAUAGAAAAUGUUUGAUGUGUAGAAAUAAUUGCUUAUCAAGUGUUCAAUAUACCCAGAAAGAGAGAAGUAGUUAAAGCUUAACUGGUAGGAUGUCUGCUGCAGAACUCAGAGGUUUUGAAUGAGAGCCCUCCCUAGGUCACCUGUUAUUAUCAGUGUAACAUUAUUUUGGAAAUAAAUAGGCAACAAUACCGGUAUAAUAAUUAAAUUUUUUAAAAGUUCACUCUGAUCUAUCAAGUUCUACAUCUGAUAUUAUUGUUUAACCUGCUGAUUUUUGUGUGAUGGUUUUGCCCUCAUUUUGAUUUGGAACCAACCAUUCAAAGAAAAACGGAUUUCAAUAUUAAUUUCAAAAUCUAGAGAAAAUAAUGAGCUUCCAGCAUAGUCAAAUAGUGCAGGUGGGCAUCGGUUCAAUACUGGUGGCAAGGGCUAGUUAAUUUCUGUUUCAAGUGUAUGUGGGUUAACCUUUUACAUUGUCACAUUGUUAUUAUGGAUUCAACCAGAAUAAAUUCACUCAACAGCUUAUUUGAUGGGCGAUAGUAUCUAGGCAUAUUAGUAACACCCUCAAAUCCUUAAUUUUGGCUUUUGAAUGAUGUUUAUGUAUAUAAAAAAACCUGUGUAAGAUCGUUAUAAGAAAAUGAAAAAAAAUGUAAAAUGGCAAAUAAAUAUUGAUUAUGGCCCGCCCUUUAAGGUAGAAUUUUUUUUAUUUAACUAUUUUUGGCAACAUGCAUGAAACUGAUGGUGACGUUGAUUAGAAAAAAGUGUUUUUGUAAAUUUCCCGAUUUAUUUGUGUGAAGGUAUAAUAAAAAAUAGUAUCUGAA